UGAAGAUGGUGGUCCAGGGAGGCGACUGAGUCUCCGCACAGAUUCACCCGGAGAAUGUGCCUCGGCGGCGGGCAGCCUGGAGCUCUGCGGCCGGGGCUCGGGAGGUUGUGAGCGGCUGAUCUGCAGGAUGUCUCCAGAAUGAGCGAGCCGUCGCUGGACCUCUGGUUCUGUGAGGACUGCCAGGAUCACUUCCAGGACGAGUGUCCGUCCCACGGGCCACCGCUGCUCGUCCCCGACACACCUGCGGCUCCGGGGUUGGCCAACAGGGCGGCGCUCACCGUGCCGUCCAGCCUGGAGCUGUUCGGGGAGGGGGGGCAGGUGGACGUCCGCUGCCGGAACCACUGCAUCCCAAGGGGGGCCGUGUUCGGGCCCUACGAGGGGGAGCUGGUCCGCAGGGACCAACCCUCCGGAGGCUGCUCCUGGAUAAUCGUUGACUCUGACUCCUAUCAGUCCAUCGAUGGCAGCGAUGAGACCAAAGCCAACUGGAUGAGGUUUGUGCGCUCAUCCUCUGACAGCGACAGGAACCUGACGGCAUUUCAGCGCCAAGGAAACCUUUACUUCAGAGCGAGGCGCCGCCUACAGGCCGGGGAGACGCUCAGGGUGUGGUACAGCGAGGACUACAUCCAGAGACUGCAACGCCUCGCACAGGAGACACUGCACCACACAGACCCCGGCGGGCCUGAAGCGCUGCACAAAGUCCUGCAGGACGUCAAGUCUCCGUGCCUGCAGUCAGUGCUGCAGGGCAAAGCCAGCGAGGAGGCCGAGCCCCCCCUAAAGAGGAGGAAGAUCGACCUCAUCUUCAAAGACGUCCUGAAGCUGAAGGAGGAGGAGGAGGAGGAGGAGUGUGGAGAGAAACACCACCUUCAGAUCAAAAAGCUGGGUAUUCAGGAGGAGGAGCCGUCUACCUCCGGCUGCCCCAGCUGUGUGAAGCUGAGGAGGAGGAUCCUGGAGCUGGAGGAGGAGCUUUCUCGCCUGAGAGGAGGGCGGCGGGGUGCUCCAACAACCUCCACACAGGAGCCCCCCCACCCUGAGCAGGGCCCCGUCGAGGACCUUACAGGGAUGGAGCCCUUGACGCCCCCUCAGGUGGUUCUGGAUGAAGACGACCCUGACAUGGACUCGGCUGACGACUCUGUCGUGGCGGAUCUCGUGAUUUGUCCCGAAGACUCGCUGAAGCUCUCCUCUGGAGGAAGCCGUCGGAUCCGGCGCUUCAAGCAGGAGUGGUUGAAGAAGUUCUGGUUCCUCCGCUACUCGCCGACCCUCAACGAGAUGUGGUGCCACGUCUGCCGUCAGUACACCGUGCAGUCGUCCCGGACCUCCGCCUUCAUCGUGGGCUCCAAGCAGUUCAAGAUCCACACCAUUAAGCUACACAGCCAGAGCAACCUGCACAAGAAGUGCCUGCAGCUCUACAAGCUGCGCAUGCAUCCCGAGAAGACGGAGGAGAUGUGCAGGAACAUGACGCUGCUGUUCAACGCCGCGUAUCACCUGGCCAUGGAAGGCCGGCCCUUCUCAGACCUGCGACCGCUGGCAGAGCUGCUGAAAAGGUGCGAGCUCAAAGUGGUGGACCAGUACCUGAACGAUGGAGACUGUCAGAUCCUCCUGCACCACAUCGCCCGGGCGCUGAAGGAAGACCUGGCCGAGAAGAUGCGCCUGUCUCCUUUUCUGAGUGUCAUAAUGGACGCCCAGAACGACGACCUGUUUUCAGACAUGGUGGCCGUCUACGUGCAGUUCAUUACCAACGAGGGCUCCCCGAACACGGAGUUCCUGUCCUUGCAGAGACUCGGCAUGCCCAGUGUGGACGGGUACCUGCAGGUGAUGGACCGAGCCUUUGGCGUUCUUGGCCUCAGGUUUCAGGACCUGCUGGUGGUCGGCGUCGGGGUGGACGGCACCAACAUCUCCGCAGGAAUGAGAGCCAGCCUCUACGUGGCGGUGCAGAAGACUUUCCCCUGGAUCCUGUGCCUUCCUAUCAUGAUCCACCGGCCCCACCUGGAGGUGCUGGACGCCAUCAGUGGGAAGGAGCUCUCCUGUCUGGAGGACUUGGAGACCAACCUCAAGCAGCUCCUCAGCUUCUACCGCUACUCCCCCCGCAUGAUGGCUGAGCUGCGAUCCACAGCUCCGACUCUGUCGGAGGAGACGGAGUUCCUGGGAGACAUCAGAGCCAUUCGCUGGAUAAUCGGAGAACCGAACGUCUUGAACGCGCUCAUCAAAGACUACCUGGAAGUGGUUGCACACCUGAAGGAGAUCAGCAGCCAGACGCAGAGGGCCGACGCUGCCGCCAUCGCCCUCACCCUGCUCCAGUUCCUCCUGGACUAUCAGUCAGUGAAGCUCAUCUACUUCCUCCUGGACAUCAUUGCCGUUCUCUCACGGUUGGCCUUCACCUUCCAGGGGGAAAACCACCUCCUGGUGUCACAGGUGGAGGCCAAGAUAGAGGACGCCAUACUGGAGAUCGGCCAGAUGGUGGAUUUCCCAGGAGAGUACCUGCAGGAGUUUGAAGAAAACUUCCGGGAAAGUUUCAACGGUGUCGCUCUGAAGAACCUGCGUGUCGCAGAGUCCAAGUUCCAGUCGAUCCGGGAGAAGAUCUGCAACAAGAGUCAGGGCAUCCUGUCUCAGAGGCUGGACCUGCAGAGCCGCCCCUUUGCAAAAGCCUGCAGGGUGCUGGAUCUGAACACCUGGCCGCACAACCGUGAGGACCUGCAGGUGUACGGGGACGAGGAGAUCCAGGUGAUACUCAACCACAUGGAGUCCCUCCCCUCAGGAGUUCUGGAGGCCCGGGGCGGCCUGCUGGGUGAGUGGAGGGACCUGAAAGCUGACUACUUCAGCAUGAACGGCUUCAAGGAGGUGCUGGGUCACGUCUGCAGGUACAAGCAGCGCUUCCCUCGGUUGAACCGAGUCCUGCAGGCGGUCCGGGUGCUGCCCAGCUCCACAGCCUGCUGCGAUAAAGGCCGGGGGUCUCUGCAGAAAAUGUGCAAGAACAACCGGUCCCGGCUGAGUCUGGAGCAGAUGAACGACCUGCUGACGGUGGCCGUUAACGGGCCGCCCAUCGCCAACUUUGAUGGGAAGCGAGCGCUGGACAGCUGGUUCGAGGAGAAGUCCGGCAGCAGCUGCUCUCUGUCGGCCGAGGUGCUGAGCAGGAUGUCCGCCGCCGACCAGAAGACGGUCCUGCACAGCAUGGACGUCAACACAGAGUUUUACCCCGACGUCUGACGGUCUGUCUGUCUUUCCUGUUAGGAACCCGGAGAUGAGACCCCAAUCAUUUGCACAAUUAUCACAAGUUGCUUUAAUCAGCAUCUGCAGACAAUAGCUAGGAAUGGUUUUGGACAGUUUCGGGGGGUUCUGGAGGUUGGAUAAAUACCAUUGGACGAGGGAGAGGCUGCCUUCAGAGUCCAUGUCAGAAACCAGCCUCUCUGCAGCACAAAUAGACUCGACCACAACAACCAGCGUGUUUGUGUUGUUCGCUCAGCUGCAGCCACUGCAGAAAGACGUGUCAGACAUACCAUAAUAACUCACUUGUUUUAAACGUAAUCAAUGAGCACUUGUUGCCAGAAUAAGAGUCUGCUGUCAGUCGGGGGGUGGGGUGUGUGUAUGUGAAAGGCUUUUUAUAUUUCUAUAGUGCUGCUUCUCUCGGUGUGUAAAGUGUAAAUGCUUCUUAUGUUUUUAAGGACAGUAUUUUUCUGCUGAUGAUGAAGGAGCUGUCUGGAUAUUAUUAUCGUGAUGAUGAUGAUUAUUAUUAUAAUAAUAAUAACAAUAAUAACAAUAACAACAAUAACAGUUAUUAUUACUGUUAUUAUUAUUAUUAUUAUUAUUAUUAUU